UGAGGUCUUGAAGGGUGAACAAUAGGGAACAUUUCAUGGAGUGCCUUGUCGGAAGGGAUUCACAGGGAUCAAAGUCCAGCUCCUGGCCGUGCACAGGACACCUCAAGAGUCAUCCCCGUGUGCCUGAGAGUGUUCUUCGAACGCUUCUUGAACUCUCUCAGAGUCGCUGCUGUGAUGACCACUUCCCUGGAGAGCCUGUUCAGUGCUCGACCACCCUCGGGUGAAACUUCCCCGAUAUCCAGUUCUGCAAACGCCCUCGCAGAGACUCCACAAGUGAAUGAGAACUUCUCUCUGCAAAACUGAGGUGAAGAGCUUCACCAUGGGUCAACAGAUUUCAAACCACACACAAACUGUAAUUAACAAGUUGCCAGAAAAAGUAGCAAAGCAUGCCUCUUUGGUUCAAGAAAGUGGUUUCCUAACCUAUGAAGAGUUUCUGGGAAGAGUAGCUGAACUCAAUGAUAUUACUGCAAAAUUGGCUUCUGGACAAGACAAACAUCUGUUGUUUGAAGUGCAGCCUGGGUCUGAUUCUUCUGCUUUCUGGAAGGUGAUCGUUAGGAUAAUAUGUACCAAAAUAAAUAAAACAAGUGGCAUCGUGGAAGCUUCCAGAAUCUUGAACUUGUAUCAGUUCACUCAACUUUAUAAAGACAUCACCAAUCAAGCAGCAGGAGUUCUUGCACAGAGUGAUACUUCUGAAGGAGCUGCUGAGAGCUGGAGGUCUCUGUCUUCGUGUCAGGCCAGUUUGUGGAUGGGAAGGGUUAAACAGCUGACAGAUGAAGAGGAAUGUUGCAUCUGCAUGGAUGGGCGUGCUGAUCUCAUCCUGCCGUGUGCUCACAGUUUCUGCCAGAAAUGCAUUGAUAAAUGGAGUGACCGCCACAGAAACUGUCCCGUGUGCCGCCGGCAGGUGACUGGGGCAGGAGACUCCUGGGUGGUGUCAGAGGCCCCUACAGAAGAUGACAUUGCCACUUACAUCCUUAACAUGGUGGAUGAGGCUGGGCAGCCCCACAGACCCUGACCCUGCCCACAGGCUGAUCGUGGCACAACCACUUGAAGCUUUUCUUUUCCCCAGCGUCUGGUUUUCCCCCUCCUUGCUGUUCUUCACAGUCUGUCCUUCCCUUCUCCCCUCGGCUGCUGUGAGUCUGCGCUGCUCUCCUAAAGCACAGGGGAUCUGAGCAAGUCUCUGUGUGUGCAGUCCUCGUUAUUGAACUGUUCUUUCAGCAAACUCUUGGAUCAUUAACACAGUUUACUUUAACAACAACGUUUGAUGUUAAUUAACAGUUCAACUACUGGACGAAGCAACUUGUAACAGCACAACUACAACUGCAAACUGCUGUUUGAGCAUCACAGUGUCCUGCUACAGAGAUGAACCGUGGCAGAUGGCUUGACCUCACAGUUCCUACCCUUCAAAGCAGUCCCUUAUUCACAACUAAUGUGAAUAAAGAUGAUGAGUUACCACUAGUGGUUAUUAAUUUGAAAUUUUACUGUUGAAACUUGAAGAUGUCCCACUGCCUGUUCUUCAGUAGGAAGUUAUUGCUGCUCUUAGUGUUUACAGAUACUUAACUGAUCUGUUAUGACUUUUAGUAUUAAUUAUUUUAAAUCUGUUUUUGAGAGUGUAGGCAGGUCUGUAAAUGUACUUGUGCACUUCCCCUUAUUCUUCUAAAAAGACUUAUCUCUUAGAAUAUUUUUUUAAAUAUGAUAUUUAGCAUAGUCUUAUUAGCUUGGAAACAUUAAACAGUUUCGUACACAACCCUAAAAGCAGUAAAUCAGCUUCAGUAGUUUUUGAUAAAGAACAGCUAUAAUUAUUUCUAAACAUUGGGCAUAUCUGAAGAGAAUGCCUUUAUUUGAAUUAGCACUUAAGGUGUAGUUUAGUGUGAUGCUGUGGCUUUAUCUGCUCCUCUUGAGUUUUUGAAGUGAUGAGAUCAGAGUUAAAAGGUAUAUGAAGAGUUACAAGUGAUAAUCUAAGUAAGGGUGCUCUACUUUCUAUCCACAAGUGCAAUAUGCUUUUAUGUAGCAGAGGGAAACUUCUUUAACAAUAAUGUGGCUUGGACUGAGAUGCACAUGUGACAGCUUGGAAAAGGGAUAUCUCAACUGGAGUGCAACAGUAUCUUGUGUCUAGCAGAAUAAAGCCUUUAAGAGCUGAGUUUAGACAGUCUAAAAUUGUUAGUAAUUCAGGAAACCCAUCUUAGGCCUCUUUUGCAUAAAUAGUGUUAUGGAAAUGAGUGGCUACUGUAGAGAAUUAAUUUUAUAUAUAUAUAUAUGUAUAUUAACAAGUAUUACUUUUUCUCUCUCAGUAACCUCAAGUUAAAAUAUUCAAGUGUAGCAUUUGAAGGAAUAACAGCAUAGAUCUUGCUUACUGUGAGACUGCAUUUUUUCUUACCAUAACUGUUAAAAUUCCAUGAUGCCCUAAGGCUUAAGUCCUUUUGUCACAGACAGGUUCUGAACUAAAAGGCAUGUGUGCAUGUAGAUAUGCACAUUUAGGUUAUUUUUCUUAAUUGGCUACAAAAUAACUUAAUUACAUCAAUUUGUUAAAGAAUGUGCACAGAGUAUGGCACCUGUUUGAGCUUGGCUUGUGACACCAUUGUCAGAUUUAUCAUAGGUUUUAAGACAGAGAAGCAACGUACCCUUCAUGUUUCUGUCACCUGAGAACCAGUAUGGCUUAGUGUGCAAAUCUGUAUUUAGCUAUGGAAAAAUCCUUUUAGGAGUGUAUAUAGCUGAGAACUCUUUUUUUUUUUUUUUCCCCUUUCUUAAGCCAUUGAUAGCAAUGAGAUAUUCUUCAGUAAAUGUAUAGAGUGUUUGGUUGCAUAAAGGCAGUUGUUGUUUGGGCUGGAAAUCAUUACUGGCCCAGGAUUUCCCACUAAAAUGUGUGCAGGUGUUCCUAAUAAUGCACUUUUUGCUUUUUGAGGUUGCAUUAGUCCAUGUUCAGAACUUUCAGAUAAUCUUUGAAUUUUUUAAACUUUUUAUAUCACUGGAACAGAAAGAGCAUCUAAAUGAAAGACUCAAGCUAACUUUAUUUUUCAAGUACUUCAAGAAUUAUACUUCUGAACUGAAAUUUUAUAAGUUGACUUUCUGCUGAGAACUUACAUGAACUUCUUAAAAUGUAAUUUUAUAAUGAUGCAAACAAGUUAAUUGCAGCAUAAUGAUUACAAUAUAAACUAAUGCAAAAAUUAUUUAAAUAGUGCAAAAGUAAACUUUGUAUUCUGUACAGCUUUUUAAAAUUAAGUUGCUGUAAUUCACACUGCUGUGAUGUAGAUACUGUAAUGUGUGCCUUGUAAAAUAAAUGUACUGUAUGUUAUAUGGAGAAAUAGAUACUUUAACACUGAAAACCUAGUAAUUUGGUACUGGUUGGUAUUACUUAGUCUGAAGUGCAACAUUUAGCAAACAAUUUUGGAAAAGGAAUCCAUUGGUAUGGACAUGGCCACGAGUUCCAGAAGUUAGACCUUGAAAAUGUGAAUUACUGCAAAUAGCUGUUGGUGGGGGGCAUUAGAAUAAAUUAACUUUCUUGUGUUAAGUGAACAUUUCUUACAGGUUUAAUGUGAAAUUGUAACUUAAACAUUAGAGAUGGUAUUAAUAGCUAAGAACAUUCCACUAUAUUAAACUUUGUGUAUGAAUUGUGCAAUAAAGUUACUUUGGAAGAAA